AUGAAAAUUCAAGUAAUCCGGCACAUCCACGCCAUCCCCGCCGAGGUCGGGAUGGAGUACUGGCAGACAUAUCUCGAAGGUGCUUACGCCUGCAUCUUCCCCACUCUGGCACCAGCAGCAGCAACCGACUCCCAGGAUGCCACGGUGCAGAAUCACCCCAGAGGCUCCCUAAGCCAUACGCUGGAGCAAGAAACCCACGCCAGCCUGCAAGCCUUCCUCAAGACGCACGAGUUGACCGCCUUCAACGUCUUCCACCUCGCAUGGGCCCUGAUCCUGCGGUGCUUUGUGGGCUCCGAGACGCUGUGUUUCGGCUAUCUGCUCUCCGGGCGUGACGUGCCGGUCGACCACGCGGACCAGAUCAUCGGCCCGUUCAUUAACAUGCUGGUGAGCCAGGUCGGCCUGGGCGAGGCGGUGACCCUCAUGGAUGCCAUGAAGCAGAGCCAGGCGAACUAUCUGGAUAGUCUCACGCACCAGCAUUAUUCGCUGGCGCAGAUUAUCAACUCGUUGGGCAACGGGCCGGCCGAGCCUCUGUUCAACAGCGUCAUCUCCGUACAAGGCAUGGAUCUGAAGAAGGGGAACACAGGGAUAGAUCGUGGUCUUUGUCUUGAAGAGCAAGGCGGCCAUGAUCCAACUGAGUACGGUAUCAUGAUCAACGUGGGUCUUGGGGAGCAAGAAACCGCCAUCACGUUCAGCUAUCACGCGUCCCUGCUGUCCGAGGAGCAGGCCAGCGGCGUGGUGGACUCGCUCCUGCGAGCAGUCCGCGAAAUUAUCCGGACUCCCUUCAAGAAGGCCCACGAGGUGGAUCUGUCCACGGACCACGACCAGCAGGCGAUCUGGGCCUGGAACGCCUGCGUUCCCCCCACCGUCGACCUUCCGGUCCACAGUCUGGUUGCCAAUACAGUCCAGAAACAGCCCCAUUCGACCGCAAUCUGCGCGUGGGAUGGCGAUUUGUCCUACGGUCAGCUGGACGAGCUCUCCACCACCCUCGCCCAUCAUUUACUGGCGCGCGGGCUCUCCUCUGACACUGUGGUCCCGCUCUGCUUUGAAAAGUCCCGGUGGAUGCCGGUGGCUAUCCUUGCUGUCAUGAAAGCUGGGGGCGUACCCCAGCCCGUGAUCAUCCUCUGCUCGGAGACCACCCACGAAAAGGCCUGCCGGCUUGGUACCUGCCAACUGAUUCCUGUCGGCCAACGACUGCUCGCUGGGCUGGCGGUUCCUGGGCAAGAUGCGACAACAACGACGACGACGACGACACUCCCCACCGUCGAUCCAUCUCACCGGAUAUACAUCACUUUCACGUCGGGUAGCACGGGCACUACCGAGGGGGCUAUCGUCACGCACAGCAACUUCAGCAGUGCGCUGGUGCAGCAGCAGGAGGCCCUGUUUUUUGGGCCUCACGUGCGUGUCUUCGACUUCGUCUCCUACGCGUGGGAUGUCGCCUGGUCCAACCUGCUCCGCACCCUCGUGGCCGGCGGCUGUCUCUGUAUCCCGUCCGAGUUUCAGCGCCGCGAGGAGAUUGAGAAGACCAUGUCCCAGUUGCGGGUCAAUUAUACUACGCUGACGCCCAGUGUCGCGCGUCUGCUCAAUCCUGCGGCAGUCCCGCACCUGGAUACCCUUGCCCUGAUCGGGGAGCCACUCUCCCAGGCCGACAUCGCGCGCUGGGCGCCUCACACCAAGGAGAUCAUCAACACCUACGGACCAUCCGAGUGUCCGGGCUGCGUCACGGUGAGCCAGAACCCACUGGACACCUUGUAUGAACCCACCCUCGGCGUGGGGUCGGCCUGCAAUACAUGGAUUGUCGACCCCAACAACGCCGACCACCUGGUCCCGGUAGGUGGCAUUGGCGAGCUCUGGCUGGAAGGGCCCCUCAUCGGACUGGGAUACCUGGGUCUUCCGCAGCGCACGGCCGAGAGCUUUGUGACCGAUCCCCGCUGGCUGCUCUCCGGAUGCCCGGGACGCCCAGGCCGUGGUGGCCGGCUGCACCGGACUGGUGACCUGGUCCGAUAUGCCCCCGAUGGUGUACUCAUCUACAUCGGACGCAAGGACUCGCAGGUCAAGAUCCGCGGCCAGCGCGUGGAGCUAGGCGAAAUCGAGUACCACGUCCGCGAGGGCAUCGCGCGCAUCUCCCCUGUUACCGACGACCUCACCGUCGUGGCCGGGGUCAUCACUCCGCGCGGUGGCAGCAGCAAGACGCUGGUCGUCUACCUGGAGCUAGGGCCGAUUGCCACCGGUCCCGUGGACCAGACUCGCGAUGCGGUGGCGGGCUACACCCGCGGACUGGACGACUAUCUCUCGGACAAGCUACGGCAAUACAUGCUGCCCAAUGCAUACAUCCCGGUCGCCGAGAUUCCAAUGACCGUGAGUGGCAAGACGGAUCGAGGACGCCUCUCCCGGAUCGGGGCGUCAUACACCCUGAGCGAGUUGACCGCGAUGCAGCCGUCCUCCCACGAACAACGGCAGUCCCCAACCACCCCGAUGGAGCGGCGGCUGCAACAGCUGUGGGCGACGGUCCUGGGGGUUGACGAUCCCAAUGCCAUCGCCGCCGAUGCCAACUUCUGCCGCAUCGGCAGGGAUUCGAUUGCUGCCAUCCGCUUGAGCCAGCGGGCGAGCGAGGAGCCCCGGCUGUGCGAUCUGGCUCUCCUGGUUCGCGAGGGCGAUGCGACGAGCUACCACGAGCCGCGCCCCUUCUCUCUCCUGUCCGCUGGCGGCAGCGGUGGCGCGGAGAGCAAUCGUCUGCCUGACGACCUGGCCGCGCGCAUCGGGCCACUCCUCGAGUGGCCCCAGCACCACAUCGCGGACGUCUAUCCCACCACGGGCCUCCAGAACCACUACGUGUCGGCGGCGGUGGACGCGCACCGCGGCGAGGUCGAGUACAUCUACAUGGACCUCCCUCGCGGGGUGGACCUGGCCCGCGUGCAGCGUAGCUGUCUGGCGCUGUUGCGCCACCUGGACAUCCUGCGCACCGUCUUCAUCGUGGAUCCCCAGACCCGGCAAACGCUCCAAGUCGUCCUCAACAAUGUGGAGCCCGAGAUCGAGGUGCGCCACACCGAAGGCGACCUGCGCGCCGCCUGCGAACAGGCCUAUCGCGAGGAUCUCCACCAACCGCUGUACCUGGGCCGCUCCUUCACGCGAUUCUUGAUCACGGCCAACCGGGCCUCCGGCGACGCGCGCCUCACGCUGCGCCUGUCCCACGCCCAGUUGCGCGACGCCUGGGAGCUGUCCGUGGCGGCCAGCGACAAGCUGCAUACCCAAGCGACGCUGGAUGCGGUACUCGAGGCGCUGUGUUGGCAGGUGGAGAUGGUGGCGCGAGGGGAUUGAACAUGCCGGCGGAUUAGUUUAGUUUCUUUCUCUUCCUUUUUCUCAGUUUAUUUUCACUUUUUUCCUUUCCUAUGUUUUGCUUUGGUUCCAUAUUUCUGCUGCUUGUUGUUGGUUGUGAUUUCUGUCAUAUGCUUGCUGCUGUGAUAUGCGCGGCUUUGGGAAGGCAACCCAUAAGGUGUUGAGGGGGGCUAGCCCUAAUAUCAACACCGUUAUGAGCCGUAGCUUAGAGAAUUAGCUAGAUUUGUAUUUAACUGUCUCCGUUCCAUGUUCCGUGUCAAGUCAGUUAGCUGGUGAAUGUUCUCGAAUGGAUUAACUUUCAAAGACUCAAUCCAGAAGGGAAAGCAAAAACAUACAACAGAAGGGAUUCGCUGGUGGUCACCCACC